AUGUCUGGUAGGCCAGGAUUUUAUGAAGAAGAUGAAGAAGCGACUUCAGAAGGUAUGAAUCCUUCAUCUCACUACUCUUUCUUCCCUUCAUCUUCUGAACAAAAAGGUGUUGUUCCCUACACCUACCACCGGCAAGAAGGUGAGCUCAUGCUGGACUCUUCGCCCAACAAUAAUGGAGAUGGGGAGGGGACUAAUGACUCCGAUGAUCACGUUAUUCAUCAGCGAGGAGGAGAAGGCAGUAGUAUGGCUGCUAACUCCAUCUUUAUCGGAAGAGAGCACAUGUUUGACAAGGUAGUGACACCAAGUGAUGUGGGCAAGCUCAAUCGAUUAGUCAUUCCUAAACAAUACGCGGAAAAGUAUUUCCCCUUGGAUUCAUCCACGAAUGAGAAAGGACUUCUGUUGAAUUUCGAGGAUAGAAAUGGAAAGCCAUGGAGAUUCAGAUACUCCUACUGGAACAGCAGCCAAAGCUAUGUAAUGACCAAAGGAUGGAGCCGCUUUGUUAAAGAAAAGAAGCUUGAUGCAGGUGACACAGUCUCUUUUCAGCGUGGGGUUGGUGAGUUGGGAAAGGAUCGAUUAUUCAUUGAUUGGAGGCGCCGUCCAGAUAUGCUUGCGCUUUCUCCUCCUAUUCCUCCUCUCUCAGUUCCACAUCAAUUCUCUUUCCAGAGGACUCUUCACCCUUGGAAUCAUCCAUAUUUGUCACAAGGGCAACUAUUGACCAGGGAUUAUUCACACUUGAUGCCACCCAACGCCAAUACUCAUCAAUCUCAUCCCAAUUAUACUUAUGGAUAUGGUAAUGAACCUUACGGCUGCAGUACUAAUGUUAUAACCGGAAACCCUUGUUCGGCAGGCUCGAUAGUCUAUGUUAGAUCGGCUGCCGGGGCUGGAGCUGGAACUGGAGCAUUAGCUCCACAUCAGCUCGGAAAGGUGCAGAUGCAAAGGGUAGGUGGGGUUGGGGUUGAGCAAAUGGUGUUUGAAUCGGUGCCGGUGGUCCAAGGGAAGGCUACAGCAAAGCGAUUCAGGCUGUUUGGUGUGAACAUGGAGUGUCCCAUUUCGGAGUCAGAUGAAUGUGAUAUAUUGUCUUCCACAACUGUAACUCAUUCAGCAAUGGAACUUCAGCCUCCCACUUUUGAUUCUUCUUCAUUUCCUAAUUCAUUUUCUUCCCAGAAGUCAAGGCCCCAAACUAUGCCCUCGGACCUGCGCAACAAGGGCAAGGGUUCUAUGUCUUUGGAUUUAGACAUCUGA